AUGACUAUGAGAAUGUUGAAAGGAAAUGAGUUGUCGCACAAGUUUUGGGGUGAGACUACAUCAAUUGUUGUCUAUAUCCUGAAUAAAUAUCCAACAAAGAGAUUGCAUAAGAUGGUGCCAAAGGAGGUUUGGAGUGGCAAGAGACCAGUUGUAGGACAUUUGAGAACUUUUGAAGCUAUAUCUUUUAAGCAUGUGCCAGAUCAAAAGAGAAAAAUUGUAGUAAGUAAAGAUGUUAAAAUCAUUGAGCAAGAAUUCUUGGAUUGGAAGCAGAAGGCCAGCAACACCAACCAACAGGCUAUGAAGAGAAAACCUUGGAGAGAAGCAAUGAUGAAAGAAAUUAAGGCAAUUGAAAUAACAAAGAAGAAAAUUGAGGAAUAUAAGGUAAUAAUGAAAAAUGAGUUUGAAAUGUCAGACUUAGGAAAGUUGACUUACUUCUUGGGUAUGGGUAUUACUGAAACAAAGGAAGGGCAGGUAAUGCAUCAAAAUAAAUAUGAUGGGGAAAUCUUGAGAAGAUACUACAUGGUUGUAUGUAAUUCUGUUGUCACUCCAAUCGACGUCAAUGUCAAGUUAGAAAAAGGAGCUGAAGAAAAACUAGUUAACACCACCUUAUUCAAGCAAAUUGUUGGAUAUCUAAGAUACUUAUGCAACACGAGGCCCGACAUAUGCUAUAGUGUUGGUGUUAUUAGUAGGUUCAUGGAAAAUCCCAAGCAUACUCACUUGAUUGCAGCCAAGAGGAUCAUGAGAUAUGUUCAAGGGACUCUAAAGCAUGGAAUUCUGUUUGCCAAAAAACAUGAAGUAGGGAGAUGA